CUUCCAUUUGUUAAGACAUUUAUUUUCAUUUUUAGAGCCGUUAUUAUAAUGGCUAAUCUGUGUUGACAAUCCUCGGCCACUUAUCCGUUUCCGGGUCACGAGUGAGGUUGAUUGCAGUGAGAGCUCGUGUUGUGACUUUCAGCGCCAGCAACUUCGUGUUUGAAAUGGCCCUGUUCUGCAGAACCGCAGCACUGCUAUUGAAGCCAGGAGCUCUCUCCUCCACUCUCUCUAUCGCUCGUCAGUACAGUGCCGGUGGACAGUAUGAGUACAUCCUGGUGGAGAAGCGUGGAGAGAAUCAGGAUGUGGGCUUCAUCCAGUUGAACCGCCCCAAGGCUCUGAACGCUCUGUGUGACGGGCUGAUGCUGGAGUUGGGAAAAGCGCUGGAUGCAUUCGAGGCUGAUGGAACAGUGGGCGCCAUCGUCCUUACUGGCAGCGACAGGGCCUUCGCAGCUGGGGCUGACAUUAAGGAGAUGCAGAAUCGUACCUUCCAGGAGUGUUAUGCCGGGAACUUCCUAGCUCACUGGAACAGAGUCUCUACCACUAGGAAACCAGUCAUCGCUGCUGUCAACGGGUUCGCUUUGGGGGGAGGCUGUGAGCUUGCUAUGAUGUGUGACAUCAUCUUUGCUGGAGAGAAGGCUCAGUUUGGACAGCCUGAGAUCCUUUUGGGAACAAUCCCAGGUGCUGGUGGUACUCAGAGACUGACAAGGGCAGUGGGGAAAUCUCUCGCCAUGGAGAUGGUACUGACUGGAGACAGGAUCACAGCACAGGAGGCUAAGCAGUCAGGUCUGGUGAGUAAGAUCUGUCCAGUAGACCAAUUGGUGUCAGAAGCUAUUAUAUGUGGGGAGAAGAUCGCUGCAAACUCCAAGAUCGUGUCUGCCAUGGCUAAAGAGGCCGUCAACGCAGCCUACGAGCUGACGCUGGCUGAAGGGAAUCGUCUGGAAAAGAGAUUAUUUCACUCUACCUUUGCCACGGAGGAUCGUAAGGAGGGCAUGACCGCAUUUGUGGAAAAGAGAAAGGCCAAUUUCAAGGACCAGUAAGAGGAGCAAACACAAAACCCAACAGACCAGGAUGUGAAUCUCCGAUCCAAGGGUUCCUGAAGGCUGUGUCCUGACUUGAUAUCUUGACUCAUGACUCUGAUGUUGGCUUAGAUGAUAUUUAAGUAAUCUAAACUGGAGAUUAUUUUGAAGAUCAGACUUUUACAUGUAGACCUUAAAUUAGGAAUUAGCCCUGAAUGACACCCGGACAGACAAUUUAACAGAUGCUCUUAUCCAGAGCGAUUUACUUGCCUUAUCACGGUUUUAUACCCUGUAUGCAAACUGUGUUGUAUGCUGUAUGUGUGCAGUACAGUAUAGUGUGUUUGUAUGAAAGAUGUUUUAGGUCAUCGUCCAUCAUGGAAAAACAAAUAUCUUGUUGGGUGUAAAUGACAGAGGCCAAGUGAUAUCAGUCACAACCGCUAACACACUUAACACAGCCUUUUCACUGUCCAACAGAAUCUCACAUUUUCUAGAAAAUUAAUUUGUCCUGUGUACAUUGCAAAUAAAGCCGUAGCAAGGUA